AUGCGAGGUCUUGUCAUCUGUCCCGUUGAGAAUAAAGGCAGGGUUUGGUUUCAGAAUAGACGAGCGAAAUGGAAAAAGCGCAAGAAGACGACAAAUGUGUUCAGAUCGCCAGGCUCCCUUUUGCCACCCACGUGUCUCUCGCCGUUCACCGCCUCCAUCAACGAUUCCUUCUUCAACUUUGAUCCAACUUUGGCGCGCAACGGCUGGGCGACAUCAUCCAUGAUAUCUGGCAACGGUGGGAACGCAGGCAACCAUCUUCAUCCUCAUCAUCAUCAUCCUCAUCACUACCAACUAGCCACCCAUCCACAUCAUCACAACGGACAUCAGGGAAAUUUGUUGGGAUCAGUUAUGAUGAAUCCCAUGGCAGGACCGGUCACACAUCCUCACAAUCCUUUUUCAUGCACAUCCGUUCCUCCAUUCCCAAUUUCAAGGCAGAUGACGCCUCUCUCCUGCAUGACACAAUCGCACAUCGCCAGCAACAGCAACGGAAGUAGUAGCAGUAGCAGUAGUAGCAGUAACAGCAGUAGCAACAAUAGCAACAACAGUUCGCUUCUCAACAAUAAUAACGCCAAUACCAACAAUUCAUCGAACAACAACAAUCUCGGUCCAGUACUAUCAAGUCAGCAACAGCAACAACCUUAUUGUAUAGGAAUGCAGCAAACAGGCUCCCCCGAGGACAACGGGAUGUAUGCUGGCAUGUACGUGGACUCACCCAACAGCCAGCAACAACAACAGCUGGCAGCGUACGGACAACAACCUCAUCAGCUGGCUGUUGACAAUCCGGAAGAUGUUUGGCGUGGAAGCAGCAUUGCCGAGUUACGGCGUAAGGCAAUUGAACACACUGUGUCCAUGACUGGCAUGAUGGCUGGAUAUCGGUGA